AUGAUUGAUGAAAGGAGGGCUUCUUUCGAUGGCAGGUUGAGUCUUGAUUUAGGAAAUGCUGAGCCGGCUUUGAAGGCUGUUGAACAACCGCAGGACGUAAAUAAUGAGUUGUCUCUACCGUCUGAUCUUACUGCGUCUGACACGGAUAGUGUUUCUUCUGGUAGUACUUCAGGAGUGCAGGAGUGUGGUGGGAGUUCACGUAUACGCGGUGUGCCUCGUGGCAUUGUUGUUUCUGCUAGGUUUUGGCAAGAAACGAAUAGUAGGUUGAGGAGGUUGCAGGAUCCUGGGUCGCCUUUAUCUACAAGUCCGGGUUCCAAAUUGGUUGUGCCACAGAAGUUGAGAAAGUACUCUAGUGAUGUCCCAAUAUCGUCCCCGCGAACAAUGUCAUCGCCUAUUCGUGGAAACAUUCGGUCUGCAUCUCCUAGUAAGCUUAUUGGAUCAUCUCCUUCCAGGGGAAUGCCUAGUCCAUCACGUGUCAGAAAUGUGGUUAGUACUAUUAAUAGUAACUUCGUUGAGACCCCUUCAGUUCUUAGUUUUGCUGUUGAUGUUCGGAGGGGGAAGGUGGGCGAAAAUCGAAUUGUUGAUGCACACUUGUUGCGGCUUCUGUACAAUCGACACUUACAGUGGCGUUUUGUAAAUGCUACGACUGAAGCAACUUUGCUGGUGCAAAAACACAAUGCAGAGAUGAUGUCCUUAGAAGAUUGGGCUUCAUUUGAUAAAGAACACUCCAUCUCACUGCUUGGAGCAAUUGAAGCCUUGAAAGCUAGCACUCUCCGUCUACCGGUCAUUGGAGGAGCUCAUGUUGACAUCCAAAACUUGAAGGAUGCUGUUAGUUCAGCGCAUGGUGUGAUGCAGGCAAUGGCAUCCUCAGUCGGUUCUAUUUUGGGCAAGGUAACCUCAUUUUCGUCUUGCUAUCUUUCUGUUAAUGGUGACUGUUGCCGUGAAUUCAGUUAAUGCAUAGUGAAUGUACUAGUUCCUCUUCAUUUUUCUUUGCUUUUGAUAAAGCUGUUAGGACGUUUAAGCAUCAUAGAAUAUUUUCUAUCAAGUAGCUCACAACUGUUGUUGAAGUUUGUAUUAAAUAGCAAUAGAGUUGUUCCUAUGUUACAAAUGCUAUAUUGAGCUCUUUCUGAUACAUAAUAGAUCCUCUUCAAAUU